CUUUCACAUUCUCGAUCUCUUUUGCUUCUGUAUGUUCAAUAGUCCUCAGUUUGCCAAGAUGUAUUUUCCAAUUUCUACUCUCUUGCUCUCCUCCUUCCUUUUCUCCUGUUCAUAUGCUUUCAACAUCACCAACAUAUUAAACGACCACAAAGAUUUCAGCACCUUCAAUGACUACUUAACUCGAACCACAGUUGCCGACCAGAUCAACAAACGCGAAAGCCUCACAAUCUUCGUAGUCGACAAUGGUGGGAUGGGCUCGGUCACUGGAAAAUCAUUGGACAUGGUCGCAAAGAUUUUGAGCCUCCACGUUGCUCUAGAGUACUUUGACACCUCAAAGCUCCAACACUUGCCGACAGACCAGCCAACCGUUAUGACCACACUGCUUCAAGCCAACGGCCAAGCAACUGGCGAACAGGGUUUCUUGAAAGCCACAAUCGGUGGUAACAGCAGCGAAGGAGGAGUCACGAUUUCUUCAGCUUCUAGUUCUGAUCAGAGCGCACAUGUAGUCAGUAGUGUUGCGAGUCAGCCGUAUAACAUAUCCGUGAUCCAAAUUAGCAAUGCAAUAAUGCCUAAUAUCAUCUCUCCACCAACUGCAGCUCCUACUAGUUUGCCUUCGAAAAGCCCAGCCAACUCUCCGAAAUCAGCUUCGCCAAAGGGCUUGUUGGACUCUCCAAAUGCGGCUCCAGGUACCGGUACUGCAGAUGGUUCCACUGCAGCCUCUCCAGAUGCUAAGUCAUCUGGGACAUCAGUGUUUUCCGUUACCUAUGCUUUUGUCAUCUCUGUAGUUUUGUUGUCCACUUUGUCUUUGAUGAGACUUCCAUGAUAUCCUGAUAUAAGCCAGUAAGCAAAAUCAGGUUUUUCAUCAUAGAAUAAGGAGUGUCACAUGGUGAAGUAUGUGACAUGAACUUUUCUUUCGGUUAGUUAAUUCUGUUAGUUGAUCUGUUCAAAUAAUAAACUUUUCCUCAGUGCUUUUCAUCAA